CUUCACUUCUCCAGUAAUUUCCGGCAAUUCCAAAUCUCUCUAUAUCUCCUUUCAUCUUCGAAUCCAAUCAGAGAGAGAGAGAUCGAAAAUGAUGAUUCACUCAAAUCUCUAUCGUUCCUUCAUCUUAAUCGCGUUUUUAUUUACCCUAACGAAUCCAGAAUCGGAUUCAGAUCUCAUAAACGAGCUUGUUUCGCUCCGAUCAGCCGCCGAAUCAGGCGUGAUUCCCCUCAACGACGACGACGUUUCCAAAUUCAUAACCUCCGUAGCCACUCCUAGACCUUACUCUCUCAUCAUCUUCUUCGACGCAGUUCAUCUCCACGACAAUAGCCAGCUCCGUCUUCCAGAAUUCCGCCGCGAAUUCGGACUCGUCUCCGCCACUUUCAUCGCCAACAACAACAAUGGAACUAACGGAACAAAGCUCUUCUUCUGUGUGAUCGAAUCAACUCACUCCGUGGCUUCGUUCCAGCGCUUCGCCGUCGAGAAUCUACCGCACAUUUCACUCGUUAGCCCUAUGACGGAGAAUUUAACAGAAUCAGAUCAAAUGGACGGUGGAGAUUUCACUGGAUUAGCUGAAUCAAUGGCAGAGUUCGUCGAACGUUUAACCAAACUCACCGUUGGUACAAUCCAAAGACCACCGCUCCUAUCGAAGACACAAAUCGGAAUCAUAGUAGCAUUUCUCAUAAUCUCGACUCCGAUUCUAAUCAAGAAGAUUCUAAAAGGAGAAACACUUCUCAAUGACCGUAGAAUCUGGUUAGUCAGCGCGGUUUUCGUCUACUUCUUUAGCGUCUCGGGGACAAUGCAUAACAUCAUUAGAGAAAUGCCAAUGUAUAUCAAAGAUUAUGAAGAUUCAAGUAAGUUUGUUUUCUUUAUCGAAGAAUCAGAGAUGCAGCUUGGAGCAGAAGAGACAAAUAAAGGAAUUGAAGAAGAAGUGGCAAGUGCUUUUGUGAAUCACUACUACCAUCUCUUUGACAAUGAUCGAUCAUCUCUUUCUUCACUCUACAAUCCCACCUCGUUGCUCACUUUUGAAGGCCAAAAGAUUUACGGCGUGGAAAACAUCUCCAAUAAGCUUAAACAACUUCCGUUCGAUCAAUGCCGUCAUUUGAUCAGCACCGUUGAUUCUCAGCCGUCUUCAAUAGCCGGUGGAUGUGGCGGAAUCCUAGUUUUUGUGAGCGGUAGCCUCCAAUUACAUGGGGAGGAUCAUCCUCUUAGGUUUAGCCAGGUCUAUCUCUUAUCUAUUUGUGAUGGAUACAAGACGUUUCACUUGAUUCCGGUUCUACAAGGAAGUUUCUUCGUCCAAAAUGAGAUGUUUCGGCUCAACUAUGGUUGAACUUAUUAUAACUUUAGUGUUUGUAAUCGAUCUCUUAUAUAUCAAAAUCCAAAUAAUAAUGCAGUCACAUAUUUAAUGAAAAUCAUUUCAUCUU